AAAAAAAAAAGAAGAAAAAAAGAGAAAAAGGAAAAUACGGCGUGACAGUGACAACAUCAAGCUUCUAGUAAAAAAGAAGAUCACACGCGAGGGGAGGGGGCGCCGCGACGCAAGAGUUUCAGAGCCGACGGCCGCUCUGCUUGUCCCGAGAAAAGAGGCGACGUCGGGACAUGCUGGCGGCUCCGUAGCGCGUUUCCUGGAAUACGAAUCCUUCCGUGGCUGAGCGUAAUGGAGCGGCGGCGGAGAGCAGAGCCGCGCUGUCUCCAUCACUGAGAGGCGCGUCCACCUGCUAUUACUGGAGGCCCGGGCUGCUGCUGCUGCUGCUGCUGCUGCUGCUGCUGCUGGAGGUGGCGGAGGGGGGAUAUGCAGGGGAAGUGUUUGCAUUUCGGGGAAAGACGCAUCUUCUGAUACUGUCCAGCGCGGCGGAGAAGGAUCCCAUUGCGACGGGGGAGCAAAAGACGAAGGACAGGGGAGGGGGAGAGAGAGGAGGAAGAAAAAAAAAAGCGCACACACGCUCCGGAGGUGGCACCGUCAGAAUGAUGCGUAGGUGGAGCAGCGUUGAGCCAUAUUGAUGGACGCGUUAGCAGACAGCAGUCUCACAUUGAUUGUGAAGACUUCAGAACUGGAGAAUGCAAAUCUUGUGGAAAAUACAGGGGUAUGUGAGCGGAGGGGUGAUCUGAGUCUGUGCAGACUCGUCGAUGCUACGCUCCCUCCUGCCACUUCACGUCCUCCUGCUGCAGAGACACCACAGCAGGUCUUCUCAACCCACCAGAGGACCACUCCUGCUUCACCACCCCUCCCACUGGCCCUCGGUGGUGACCUCUCUGUGACUCAAGCAGUGGCACCUUGCCCUUCGUCCAGUGAUGCUCAACCCAUAGGCCCCCACCUCCAACGUGCUCCCGCAUCCCUCCCCCACCCAACUGUAGGCUCCUGGCCCCUAACAGGAGAGCCACAGAAAACGUCCCCUCCACUGGCCAUCACCCUCCCACUGUCUGGUACGAUGAUGGAGCCCGGCACUGUGUCUGCACUGGCAGAAGAGUGUCUUCUCCAGCCGGACCGAACCUGCCUCGGUUGUCUAAUCGAAACCCGGGAUGCUACGGACCGCAGCUCCGUCCAGAACCCCACAACUAACCCCAACACCAACCCCGACGUGGACCCUGGGCUUAGCGUACGGAUAGGGGAUGUGAGCCGGGAGGACUUCUCUGACAUCAACAACAUCAGCAUUCAGUGCCUGAGCCAUGCAGGAGAGCCAGCGAGCCACUUUGGGGAACAGCUCCUCUCUGACCAGCUACUUAGCUUCCCUCUUCCCAAAGCCCCGGUUGAGGCCAAGAGAACAGAGGAAAAUAAAACCGCUGUGGACUGUGAUGACCCAGAAGAUGAUGCCACAGCUAAAAACCUGUAUGAGGGGCUGCUGCUGGAUAAGGUUAGCGGAGAAGAGGUCCUGCUGGCUAAUGCUGGUCAGGACUGGGGCUACUUUGAGUCCUUCAUCAGCGAGAGUAAGAUGGAGCUGCUGGAUCUUUGCUCCAAGAACGAACUAUCCGUCAACCUCUUCUCCGAGGAGGAUGUCGACAAUCUAUUCGACGAUGAAGACGAUGAUUCAACGCUAAGCAGUGAUGUCUGCUCACUUAAGAUUCGCUAUGAAUCUUUCCAGGACAACAUGAGGGAAAAAACAAACGUGCUCCAGGAGGAGACGCAGUUCAACUUCUUCCCCAGUGUGCUGGCCAAUUGUGCCAAGAAAGAGGAAGGAGCGCCAAUACUGAAGAGGAGCACUGAGGAGAUCCAGUCCAAAACUGAUGAGCUCAUACUGGAGGCGGCACAGGAAGGAAGAGGCGGAGACAGCAGUGGUAGGAGCCCGCUCGACGGCUCCCAAGGCUCCCCAAUGUCCGCCUCCAAAGUCAGCUACCUAAUAGACUUCAAUUCCACCGAGGAGUCUGGAGAGUUCAGCGAUGAUAGCUCCUGCACCGGCUCCUCCUCAGACACCCUGCAGGAGGGCAAGUUUAAAAAGGGUCACUCAAAGAGAUUUCUAAGCCCCUCGAACCCUCUCAACUACGGCCUGCGCUCCAAGAGAAAGGUGCGAUACAGCGAAGAUUACUUGUACGACGUCGACUCGCUUGAGAGUGAAAAGAAUGCCGAGAAAAAGGAGAAAGGUCCCAUAGGUCAGAAAGAAGAGGAGGAUGUGGACUGGUGCCCGAAAAAACGCAGAAAAUCCUGCCGAAAAGAGCCGCCUGUGGUCAUCAAGUACAUCAUCAUCAACAGGUUCAAAGGAGAGAGACUCAUGUCGGUGAAACUGGGCAAGCUGGACCCUGUGGAUGGAACAGUGAGUCUAAAUGCUGACACAGUAAGCAAAUAUGAAACACUGGCUCCUCUGAAGGAUUUCUGGCAGGAGAAGCAAAGACAGAGACAGGAACAGCUUAAGCUGGCUGCCAAAGAUAAACAGCAACGGGGUAUUCAUCUAAACGGACGCCACCAUCGGCCUUUCAGUUCCAGUCACCCCAAAAGGAAAUACAAGAUUGCAAACAGGCUUAAGGUUCACAGGAUUCAAACUGUGGAGCAAUCAGCAACAACACAGGGUUCGCCUCUCUCUGAUCAGAGCCAUGCAGGUGUCACUAAAGAGGACCCCGCCCCCACGGCAGGAGGAAUAAUAGCAGCCGCAGGCCUCCCUGUCACAUUAGACUCAAGCUCCAUAACGCACACAAUCACAACCAAGAGCCGCUCUCAGGAGAGGGAGGAGAGGGAGGCGCGGAGACUGGGAGGAAAAGUCAGGAUAAGGAAAUUCAAAAGUGAAGCCAGGCUGAGGAGCACGAAAAUGAAAAAGGCAGAGGGAGAGGAGGGGAGGAGUGUGACAAAUGAAACGGAUGCCUGUGUCAGUGCGGCACAGAUUGAGGAGCCUGCUGCUGGGUUAGAACAGGCAGCCGUUAGUUCAACUACAAUCAAACCCCAUUUCUCUGACAAUGCCACCAAUGCUCAUGCAUCCGAGGAGAAAUUUCCCUUUGUCUCCUCCACCUGCUCUCCUGACAAAGCACCUUCCUCAGAGGAGGUGGAGACAAGUGUCCCCGUCAUCCCUGGGGGCUACCUGCAGACCCUGUUAGAUGCAACAGAUUCUUCUGGUGGAGCAGCUAUCUCUUAUUUCCCCCAGCAGACCUCCAGGCAGCAGUAUCCUCUGGGGCUGUCCCUGGAGGAGAAACAGUUUUCCUCUCUGCAGCUUGCCCAGAGCUGCGUGCUCUCGCCCCCCUCUGAGUCGGAGCUCCAGCAGUCUCCUCAGAACUGCCCCAGCUUCCCCCAGAUGUGGCACCCGCAGCUCUGUACAAAUCACAGCCAGAGCUUUGGGCCUGAGACCCCUGAGACUCCCAUCUUACCCAACAACUUCCCAGCUGCUGCUGCUGUGCCCCUGAAUGACAGCUUGCCAGUAUCUAACUACAGCCAGCUGAGCCCUGAGGCGGACAGGCUGCUUUAUGAGAAGAGCUACCUGACUGAGGCGGGGCUUCAGCCUGGGGCAGAUCUGCAAGCAUGUCAGUCUGCCUGCGUGGAGGGCCAGGUGCAAUACCAAAGAGGGUCCCUGUGCACAGACAAUGGUAGGCUCAUCAGCUAUGACUCAGUGGGCUCCCUGUCAGCCUCCUCCAGCAAUUACAGCUCUCUCAGCCUCAAGUCUUGUGAACGAGAGGGAGAGGAGGAGGGCCGAGACAGCUUCUUAGCUCAUUGCAGCCCCAAAGUGGUGAUUCAGCAAAGUGUGGAUGCCCUUACCCCACUCAGGGAGUCCUCAGACCUGCUGGAUAUCUCCAACUUCACUCCUGACAAGUUCAGACACUCAUCACUGUCAGAGCUUUCCCCUCCUGAGACCCCCAACCUGUCCCCCCAGGUGGUGGGGCGUGAAAUGAAAUUGGCAGGGAAUGUUGGCGAGUACCAGGACGUUAACGAUAUGACUAUAGACUGCAGUAGGGAGGUGAAGUGGAACUGUGAAGCUAUACAGCAACAGGAGCACACAGCAAAUGCGUACACGGUGGAGGACGGCCAGUUUCCCCUGCACAACUUCAACAGUCAGGAUGUCGGAGGCUUGGAGAAAAAGGAGCUGGGAGAGUUCGACGAACAGACUGGUGCAAAAAACAUAAAGUCUAAGAGGAAAGGCAGCUGUAAGCAGACGGCCACGGGGCAAAGCCCAAAGAAGGGCCGGGCUCCCAGAGCUCCCAAGUCAGAAAAGGUCAAGACUCCCAAACAGAACUCUCGGUCGACCAAAAAGAUAAAGGCCAUGUUAGAGGGCAAGGCGGCAAAGACUCCGGCAGGUGGCGCAGGCCUAAGCGACAGCAACAGCACCGGGGACUGGCCCGGCACCGGCUGGUCAGAGAGUAACAGCCUGGUAGGGGACGACCAGAGAGAAUUUGAGGAACCCUCCAAUAUUCUGUCCAACAUUGUCUCUGGCAUGGCCGAGGUCCAGCGGUUCAUGAUGGCCUCCAUCGAGCCCUUGUGGAAUCCCAUGUCCGAGGCCUGCAUGCCCUCUGAGGCCAACAGCCUCAACCUAAAGACACUCAAGAUUUUAGCUGGAACGGAGGCUGACCUGAAGAAGAAGGGAGCCGUAAUAACAGGGGCCGGCAGAGGCAGGAAGGCGGGUGGAAAGGGAGGAAAGAACCAGGCCAAAUUCAACCCGUCCCACCCUCUGUUCCCUCAGCUCGCGCUGGGCUGCAACAUGUUCGACAAACCCAGCUUUAUUAACCCCGGGCCAGCGCACAAAAAGCUCUACCGCCACAAGACCAGUGCAAAGUUCCCUCGGAUUGAGACACUGAAAGGGAAGCGAGCUGAGAGAGACCAGAAUAAGGACAUAGCACUGAUGACUUCUUUUGAAAAACUGAGGUAAUAUUUUGUUAUCAGCUGCUGUUGAUCCCCUCCUUCUCACUCCUACCCCCACUACCUGCUCAGCCCUCCCACCCAAAUAUACCUACACUGAUGCUAUGCCAGAGCUGCAUGAGUACUUUGUUUCCCCUGACUACUCCCACUUCCUUUUAACCCCCCCCAUCCCCAUCCCCUCGAAGAGGAAAUGAAUAUCUGCAUGAAAAAACUUCUUGUACUUUGCAAACUACCUAUUGAGUGAUUGUGUCAAGCUUGAUUGAGAUUUGAACCAACCAUGGCUGCAUUUUUUUCUUGCUUUCGUUGUUUCUUGCUUUGUUUGUUCUUCUUUGUAGUUGUUUUUGUUUUACUUUUGUCUGAAAAAAAAAGAGAAUAAGCCUUGAAAACAGUUCUGUCGCCUUUUUGAGGAACUUUGUUUUUGUAUUUUCUAAGCAGAACUAUCCCUCCUGAAUUAUAGAUUUAUUUCGCUUUUCCCCUAAAGAUGUAGCUAUAUACACAAAUGCAUUGAGUGACAUCUACGCACCCCACCCCCUCCUCAUCUGUUUUUGUAUGCAGAAUAUGGAUGUCCUGUUGUUGCUGUCCUUCAUACACUGCCUGGCUCAUUUCAAGAGAGGAACCUACCAUUUAUGAGCCCUUUUUAAGAGCGAGACAUCUUAAACGCAAAAGAUGGGACCAUUUUGUAUCGAUGACAUAUCAGACAUUGUCUUUUUUUUUUCUUUUCCUCCUCAAAGUCGGAAUGACUCCCCAUUUCCUUUUUUUUUUUUUGAGUGUUUCGUUUACUUCUGGAGUUGAGAAGAACUGGUUAUCUAAAUUUACAUUUUUACACCUUGCAAAUUCAUAAAAGCUCCACCCUCAGAGUAUUUUUGUCAAUGUUGUUGUACAGGGACAUGCAAUAUUUGCAAAAAAAGAUGAUUAUAAUCUUAAAAUCGAUGUGCCAAAAGUAACAAUGCUGUGUAAAUGACCUCUUAUAUAUGUGUGAAUAUUGGCUGUUCCUCUUUUCUAUCCAUUGGAAUAUUAGCUGCUCGGGUUGGAGACUCCUUACAGAGACUUGCAACUACAGGAAUUCUUUAUUUGAGACUUUUUCUCUCUUCUCCGAUGAAAGGCACCAACAGCUGGCAGUGGUACACGGCCACUCACGAAACCAAAUCAGAAAGACUCUGAAUUCUCCUCGUCUCACUCCCCACCCACCCCCACCCCAACACCCCCACCCCACCCCACCCGCACGCAACUUUCUUUGCCAAAUUCAAUUUACCUCAACAUCGCCUGGCAUGGAGAAGCAACAAAAGAGAGGCAAAGGGGGAGCUCCGCUAUGAAGGCCACAGUAGAGGAAGGACUGGGUGAAAAGACAGGUUCAAAUUAUCUUUCUCUGGACCAAGAGGCAUGUAGUGUAAAUGUCUGAGGGUAUUUGGGGCUGCGCCUUACUGAAUAGCUGUUUGUACUGGAAAUUUAAGUCAGAUUAUCACUCGUAGAGAUUCUGAUGCAUGCAUCAGCCAUGAAUGGACAUUUUUGCAGUUCGUUUUUUUUUUUUUUUUUGUGAACGGGAAAGCAGUUUUCAGUACAAAUGGAAUCAGUGGUCUUGUAAAUGAAGGAAAGCAUGACUUUGCAUUCGCUCCUCAUAGAAACUUUUAUUUCUGUCUUACUAGGGAAGGUAAUUUAAACAGAAACUCUUCUUAACAUUCCCAUGCAGUUUUUUUUUAAUUAACAUUGCCUUACUUUAUAAGUUGCACUUCUGGUGUCGCAUAUCAUUUUGAUUCAUUUUAUCGUGUCAAACUUUUGCUUCUUUUCUUGUUUUAUUUACAAUCUUAAUUUUGUUUUCACAUGGUUUACCUGUAAUUUCAGUCUAUGAAAAAAAAAUAAUAUUGUGACCAGUAGACAUGGGCCGGUAUGAGAUUCUCACAGAAUAAUAAUCUUGGUGAUGCAUUUUUACUGUAUCACAGAAUUUACACAAACACUCGAAAGAAAAAAGUAAACCAUUAUUUCUUUUUAAUUCAUUUAAACAAAACAAAACAAUUAUAACUAUUGCUGCUAAAAUAACAUAUUUAAUAUUACAAUAAUAACAAUGUUAUCUAGUCUGACAUUGUCUAUUGUCAUUUUGACACCCAAAGGAAUAAUAUAAAUACGAGCAACAGUUAGCUGUAGUUUCCACAUGCUUAUUAGUACAAUGUUAAACUAUUUCAUAGUUUUACUCCUUAUAGAGUAACAAAGGUAUAACAAUAUUAGUUGGUCAAUUAGUCAGGUUGUCUGCUCAUGCAGCUAGCCUGGAGCCUGCUGCUUUGCAUAGAGGCUGAGCGCACCUUGCCAACUCAAGGUUUUAAACAGGGUUACGUUAAAGGGACAAUUAGAUUUUUAUUAGCUAAUGUGUAGAGUUUUUAUCAGCAAUAGUUACCUGUAUCAGAAAGAUGUCGCAUCACAGGGAGUUUGUAACAUAAAAAAAAUCCUCAGAGCAAAGAUGGGCUUCUAGCUAGUGGGACGAACCCCCAGUCUUAGCGGGAUUUAAAAACCUAAAAUUACUCAGAAUGGGAUAAAGAACUGUAUUUGUAUUUUUUUUUAUCUGACUUUGUAUUGCUUUUCCUGCAAUACAAACAAGUUAAGAUGCAACUGUCAUUGUGUGUAGCUUUUGUGAUGGAUCCAAGUGCAGACAGAGUAGCAAACACUGGAUUUUAAUAAAAGGAACAACAAGCAUGAGGAGCGCAAACGGAGAACAGGGCAGAGUGACUGUAUUAUUAAAGAACUUUAUUAGUAAAUAUUAAAGGUCUACUCUUUAGCAACAAGCCAUUGCUGGGUUAGUCUCUGUUUUCUCUCUUGAACGUCUGUGCUGCUAUGCCACAGUUACAAUCGUUGCGUCAGCUAACUUUGUCAGUCAGCCUUGAUCAGCUGCCACUCUGUUCUAGGUCUACUAAGAGUGGAGUCAGUUUUUGGGUCUUGCAAACAAGUUGUCAUUUGUGCAACGGGAUUGCAGAUCGUACCAUUCUGUGCUUUUCUGGGUAUUUAGAAAAUGUUCUCAGCUGCUCAGACAUACUGACCCAGCAGCCUCCGCAAAACAAACUUAAGCUUUAGUUGUAUUUGUGGCUUAUCUUGCAUUGUGUCCUACAGAUAGACAUGUUUUCACUUUGAAUUGUUAUAAAUUGCUAAAUGAAGAGUCCCCUGACUAACUUUUGGCCUGUCUGAGGAUUUCUUAACAUUUUCUUACUAACUGUGAUAGGAAAUCUGUCUAAUACAGGUAAGGUCUCUAUUACAGAUAGCGACUUGACAGACCCUCUUUUUAAAAACCCUCAACUAUUCAAAUAAUAAGGGUGGCCGGUGACACUCCUCUAGUUUUACACUAUCUUCGUUUUGCACAAGAAUCGUUUCCAAACUGCCAAAUUUGUCUUUUUGUAGGACUGGGAAAUGGUGUUGCAGCCUUUCAGCCAGCUGACAGCCAAUGUGCAGCAACAGGUGGAGAAGGGGCAGCGCAGCGCUGCAUUACUCCAGCUAAAGAACACUCCUAUUACACUGGCACUUUCUGUAUCAUCGUAUUAACAAGACUUUAAAUUGUAGUAUUAGUAUGACAGAAAUUAUUAAGUAGUUCUUGGCACUGAAACAUUUUAAAACCCUUGGUCUACCUUGAUAUUGGGAACCGGCCCAUGCCUACGUACUGACUAGUAAUGUAUGACCAUCAAUGGGAAGAAACAACUUAAUUCACCUAUUUCUCAGCCAACAUUUUGACUUUAUUGAGCGGCGGAAACACAAGUGUGUUACGAAAGGCCGCAUUCGUUGAAGAUGAAGUUCUGGUUAUGCACACAAUCUGCUUCAACUGAUGCAGAAACCGAUGAAGAAGCGAAAGGCUGCCCUUCGUAACACAUCUAUGUGUUUUCUACAUGUUUAAGUCAAAAUGUCUGCCAUUUAUCCACUCCUCAUUGUCAUCGACUUUGGGCUCAUUUACUACCUCAGAGCACCAAGCUAAAGUUUAUAAAGCAACCUUAUAAUAGACCUAACAAUCAUAUUUAAUAAGCGAUAAAAUCUUUACAGGUUACUCAAAUAAAUUGCAUUCAGGACUAGUGCAAAGCCAAUCAAACUGUUGUAGAGUAUCUUUUACACAUAUCUACUGAAGCAAGGCCUAUAUUUUUUCUGUUUUGAACAAUAUUAUAAUUUUGAACACAGCAGUAAUUAGAUGAGACUGCAUGGAAAGGUACGGGCAAACUGAUUGAUUGAUUUGAAAACAGGCUUUGUCACAUUGAAUAUGGCAACUCUGACACACAGGUUAUAGAAAUUGAUUGCUUGCAUAUGGCAAGGAUCAUAAUCAAUCUUUUUGUGUCUCUUUUUUUCCUCUUUUCUCUGUCAUGAUGCUUUGUUUAUUUUCUAUAGUGUAUCAGGGUUAGGACCAAGACAAGCUGCUGAUGGGAAGCUUCAUAUGGGCCGAAGGCCCAUUUAGUCUGCCUUCUCUCAUUUCUGCCUAUUGUCAAAUUGAAUGUACUUCUCUGAGUUCAUCUAAAUUUUAUUUAGAAAAUUUACUUCUGUUCUUUAUUUUUUUAAUUGUUUCUAAAAUGUGCCACUGUUGAGCUGCCUCAUGUUAAUGGUGCUAAGAAAGCUGAAAAAUUCCUUUCUUUAAUGUUUGGGUUUGACUUUUUUUUCCCAGCAUUAUCAAAAAAACAACAAAAAAAAGAAUUAAAAAGAAAUGCAAAACAGAUUAGGUACCUAACCCUGUUUAUGAAUGUAUAUUACGAUGUUAUGUUAUGUUUGAUGUAUUCACUUCAUGAUUCUUUGACACUGAUUGGAAUUACUUUUGCUCUUUUCAUUAAAAGAUUACCGAGCUUUAUAUAUACUGUCUAGAGUUGUUACCAGAAGGAAUCUUAAUGAACUCUUGACACUACAAAAUCUUGUAUAUUUUUUGUGUGCCAAUUUGUAACAUAUUUUGUAAGUGUAUAUUUUUCUUAGAAAGUGCUGUGAAGUAUUUGUGUGUGUGAGUAACCUUUUAUGCGCCUCUGUGGGCAGUGGAAAGGAUAUACGACGACACGUUUCUGGUUUUAAAAACCAAAAUAUGAAAGUAUCAACAGAAAAACUAGAAAUAUUUACAUUUUGUUGGGAGUUUUGUAAUAAGAUCAUGAUCUUGUUGUGAGAGUGUUGUGUUACUGUGCAAAACACAAAUAAGCAAAGAAAAAAAAACAUGAAAACUUGGGGAAAAAAUAUAAUUUGUGAACAAUUUGCUGUUUUAUAGAUUUUCAUGUAAAUUAUUUGAGUAUUAUUUUGUUUUUUUUGUUUUGUUGUAACUGUUGCAAAGGUUUUAAAUAUUUGUGAUCAAGCCUGUAUGGUGAUAAUGUAAUAUUGGUAACUUGCUGAGUUUUGUAAUAAUGUUUAUGGAGUAAAUAUACAAAUUAAAAUAAGAUUUUGAAUGCUGCUUU